AGUUUUUAUAUAUGCACAUAAACCAUGGAAAUUGAGUCAACAGACGUAAUUCGAUUAAUUUUACAAUUUUUGAAAGAAAGUAACCUUCCAAAUAGUUAUGCCGCUUUACAGGAAGAAUCUACCAUAGCUCUUAAUACUGUUGAUUCAAUUGAAUCUUUUACUAAUGAAAUUAUAGAAGGACAUUGGGAAGUUGUAUUGCGCACUGUGUCUAAUUUGAAAAUACCCCAGAGAAAAUUAAUUGACCUCUAUGAACAGAUUGUUUUAGAAUUAAUCGAAAUGCGAGAACUAGGUGCAGCCAGAACUUUAUUAAGGCAAACUGAUCCAAUGCAACUUUUGAGAGAUCAUUAUUCUGAGCGAUAUCUUCACCUUGAAAAUUUACUUUCUCGAACAUGGUUUGAUCAAAAAGAGGCAUAUCCAUCAGGAAUGACAAAAGAAAAGAGGCGGCAGGUUAUUGCACAAGAACUUUCUAGUGAAGUUACUGUGGUACCGUCUUCGAGACUUUUAUCCCUCCUUGGACAAGCUUUAAAAUGGCAACAGCAUCAAGGAUUAUUGCCACCAGAUACUGCAUUUGAUCUUUUUAGAGGUUCGGCACCAACAACAAAAGCUGAGGACGAUGCAGUUCCUACGAGAUGCUAUAAUAAAAUUAAGUUUCCAAAAAAACAUCACGCUGAAGCUGUCGCAUUUUCACCUGACGGUCAAUAUUUAGCCACUGGUAGUUUGGAUGGAUUUAUCGAAAUAUGGAAUUACUUAACUGGAAAGCUUCGAAAAGAUUUUAAAUACCAAAUAGAGGAUAAUUCAAUGUUAAUGGAAGAUCCUGUACUAUGUCUAAGUUUUAGCAGAGAUAGUGAAAUGCUUGUAUCUGGUGCACAGGAUGGAAUUAUCAAGGUCUGGAAAAUUCAAACGGGCCAAUGUACGAGACGGUUUUCUCCAGCUCAUAGCCAAGGUGUAACUUCUGUGUGUUUUAAUCGGGAUGGAACUCAAAUUUUAAGUUCUAGUUUUGACCAUACUGUCAGACUUCAUGGUUUGAAAUCUGGUAAAACAAUAAAAGAAUUCAGAGGGCAUACUUCAUUUGUUAAUAAUGCAAUAUUCUCGCAUGACAUGUCAAGAAUAUUAAGUGCUAGUAGUGAUGGUACAGUAAAAAUUUGGGACAGUAAAUCAACUGGUUGUCUACAUACAAUUUUUCCACAAACUGGUGGUCGUAGUAAUCGAGACAGUUCAUUCAUUGCUGGAGGAGUAACAGUCAAUUGUGUUGUUCAAAUGCCGAAAAAUGCUGAUCAAUUCGUAGUAUGUAAUAAAAGUUCGACAAUUUAUUUAAUGACAAUAAAGGGACAAAUAACUAAAUCAUUUACUUCAGAAAAGAAGACCGAUGGUGAUUUUGUUAGUUGUACAGUGUCUCCUCAAGGAGAUUUUAUUUAUUGUGUAGGUGAAGAUUCUAGUUUGUAUUGCUUUAAUGUACAAUCAGGAAAAUUAACUACAACGUUAAAGUUAUCUGAUGCAGAAGUGAUCGGCUUUGCACAUCAUCCAUUUUCAAAUAUUUUAGCUGCUUAUUCCGAUGAUGGGAUUAUAACUUUGUGGAAACCAUAAAUAAAUUAAAUUUUGUUUGAUCUCGAAAAAAAUUUAAUAAGCUGUAUUAUGAUUUAGAUUAAAAUAUAUCAAUAUCGUAAAAUGAACUAUAGACAAAGUCCUGGAUUAAUAUAUCAAUAAAGUUUAACAUACUAUUAGUUAUCACAUGAAAUUCAAAAAAUAAUUUGUUUUUAGGAUUCCUUCGCAUUCAGUAAUUACAGAAGGGUGAAAUGU